GUAUUUUCAUGGUAACGCAUGGUUAUAAAUAUUUUUGUUUCCUUUCCUGGUUUUCAUAAUUUCUUUGGGAUUUUCUUUACAAAAAAAGCAGAAAUUUCUUUGUAACCAGAAAUGGCUGAACUUGUUGAGUAUAGAAAGGAGAAAACCCUUCCGGAGUAUGAACAAAUGAAAAGGAUUGAUUUGUUCAAUGAUGCUGAAAUAAGGGAAAUUAUAAGAAAGAGGGACUCCCUGAACCUCAAGCUAGUUCGUCAGACUAAAUCCAUGCGAGAUUACUUGGAAUUCAUCAAGUAUGAGCGCGAUUUAUUAAGUUUGAUUCAGAAACGCCGGAAGACGAGAAACAUUCAGGAUAUGAAGGGUAGCAUAGAUCGCCCAAUUUCAAUGCGCAUUAAAAACCUUUAUCAUCAGGUGACUGAAAGAUUCCCACAGAACAUAAGAAUAUGGGAGGAGUUUCUUAAGUUUGUCAAAGCAUUCAAAUUCAUGAAUGAAGCAUCCACUAUCCUGGAUCGUAUGAUCCAACUGCACGGAGAUAAGCCGGAUGUGUGGCUACGAGCAGUUGUUUGGGAGUAUGAACAGACGCAGAAUAUGGAGAGAGUUAAACAUUUUAUGCUUGGUGGCCUACAGAGGCAUCCCGACAGCUGUAUGCUCUAUUCCAAAUUCCUCAAAAUGAAACUCCUCGAAGCUGACAAAGUAGACGUGCAAACUGAGAAUGGGGCAGCUCAGAGGAAGCACAUUCUCGAGCAAGCUAGUAUCAUCUAUGAAAAUUCCCGUAAAAAGAUUCACAGCAUUGAAUAUCUCGUGAAUAUCCUGGAAAUCGUCACAGAGUUUAGUUGUGCUAAAGAUUUAAUGAACACCGUGUUGCAGCACAUGCAGAAUGAAUUUCCCCUUGAAGAGUUAAUGUGGCACACUCUAGCCCGACGUGAAUUGAUGGGUCUGCACAUGGAAAGUAGCAUUGAUGAUAAGGAAGAUGAUGGAAGUAGUUCUUCGGAAGAAUCUUCAAUUGCAGCAUGCAAGAAAAAACUCAAAAGUUGCAUAGAAGUCUACAAUGAAGCCACAAAGAUUCUUAAAACUGAGAAAAUGUGGCUUUACUUCAUAAAUACAAUGAUGGAAAUCAAUCAAGAACGUCAAGAACCCACAAUUCUCGCCGCUCUUAAGAAACAAACCCUACAGAUGGCCCUAAAAGGCGCCUAUGAGGCGGGAUUUCUUUCCGAACAGCACUACAUCUACUACAUCGAAGAACUCAUUAAGUCCAAUUCCCAAUUGGAGAAUAUUUUGGAAGUUUUCGACAAGGCGACAAAAACUCAUGAAAAAUCCGUGAGAUUGUGGGAAAUGUGGAUGCGUUUUUAUAUUCAAAAUGAAUCAGAGCAGAGUCUCUAUGAAGUUUUUAGGCAGGGUGUUAAGAAACUCGGUGGUGAUUCAUACCCACUGUGGCAAUUGAUCAUUCGCUACUACCAGGUGCGUCCGGAUCUUCCAAAUCGCGUAGAAGAGGUCUUCAAUGAGGCCAUCCUGCAGCCACCGAGUGUCAGUACUCGCCUAAAGGCACAAUAUAUUGAAUAUGUUGCUCUAAGAAAGGAUAUUCACGCUGCCAGGGAGAAGUACGAUGAUUUGGUUCAAAAUUCAACUCCCUGCUUGGAGAUUCAUGAAAAAAUGGCACAGCUUGAGUCAACACAGGUUGAACCGAACGUUGAGAGAUGGCGAAAGUGCCACGAGAAUGCUACUCAUUUCUUCGGGGAGAGCAACAUAAACGUGUGGAUUGAGUAUAUAAAAUUCGAAAAGACCCAGGAUACACCCAAGAACAUUUCGCGCAUCUACGAGCGUGCCAUUAAGACUCUACAUGUGGAUCUUGUCGAUUCCUUUGAGAUGGAACACAAUUUACUGAAUUUCUCAUGAAAUUGACAAUGAAAAAUAUUUAUUAAAUGUUUCCAAUUGAAAUUGAGAGAAAA